AUAUAUAAACUUAUAAAUUUAUUUUCGUAUUGAAGGGUACAUUUAUAUCGAAGUCCACGGAUGUCUCUUAUAAAAUUUAUUUCAGUCGUGUUUUUUAUUUCACUUGAAAUCAUGAAAGCUAAAAAGAUGAAGAAAGAGAGCAACCUAGCAAAACUGGUGAAAUCUCCGGUUCGUUUCUUGAUCAUGGCACGUGAUGCUUACAUACGUAGCAUGACAUCAUGCUCUGCCGGUUACAUCCGUGGUGGUGGUGGUGGCUCCGGCGGUUUCGGUUUGCCGGCUGGUAAUUUCCAAAUCUGCGAAGAACCAAGCACUACUCUCCCUCGUAGCUUCACACUAAAUUCGUCCACGACGACGGCAGCGACACGUGAACGCUACCGGUUUGUAUCAGAUUACUCACCUGUCGGUGGAGGAGAAAUUAGGGCGGUGAGAGGACGACCGUUGGAUCUCCGAAGAAACUAUAGCUGCAUGGUGAUGGGAAGGAUCGAUGAAGAGAAGGCUUGUGAUAAGUUCGAAGAAGAGGAUUUGUUAUUUGACAAAUUCAAGAAACGAAAAAUAGAUAGAGCUUUUAACGUAGAUGUAUUGUUUUAAAUGAUAGAGCUUUUUAAAUAAUCAAAAAAAAAAGAUAGAGCUUUUAAAAGAUAAAAAAAGAUAAAAAGACUGAUUUUGUUCCUAUACGUCCAAGAUAAAAGAUAAAAGAUAAAAGAUAAAAAAAAGUAAAAAAAUCGUUAUUUUUUUUCCUAUUUCUUGUUGAUUUUUAAAAGGACUGAUUUUGUGAGGUU